UCAUUUAAAAUAUUAUACAUGUGUUAAAGUUUGGAUUAAUAAAAUAAUUAUUUACAUUUUAAUGAAGAAAAUAUAUACAGAAAAAGAUUUAGAAAAUAUAUAUUAAAUUUAAUAAAAUAAAUUAGUUAAAUCUAGAUCUUUUGAUACUUCGGUGAAAUAUGAUGAAUUUAAUAUUUUGUGAUAGCAAAAUUAAUUAUAUUUACAAAGAAAUGCAACAGGAUUCGUAUGAAAUAUUUAAUCGUAUAACCUUAAUAUGGAUGAAAGAAUCCUGAAAGCAAUAUUACACAGUUGUGAAAGUGCUACAAAAAAUCUUGAAAAUUCAAAGGAAUAUAAAAUAUUAUUAGAAAAGGAUAAGUUCCUUCCAUCUAUUGACAUAAUCGAUGCCCUAUGUUCAUCUUUAACAAAACUAUUGUCGUAUAAGGUAUCAAAAGAAGCAUAUCAACGUUAUAAUGUACGAAUUCGUGUAAUUGAUGUUUUACGAGAAUGGUGUAGAAUUAAUGAUGAUUUACAAGAUUUUAAAAUACUUAGAGAUGAAAAACAUGCUUCAACAUUAUUAAAAAAUUUGUUAAAGAAAUAUUUGACGGAUGAUAUCUUAAAUAGUUGUGAAUCAAGUGAAAAUUUGUUACCUUUAACUAAUGCUUUAAUAUGUUUAACAUCUAUAAAUUCAUGUUAUAAAUAUUAUGUAGAAAAAUUAUUAGUAAAACUUACAGAAUUGGAAAACUGUGAUGAAAAUGAACACUUAUUAUGUUAUGCUAUACAGAAAAGUUCCAAUUUAAAUCUUGCAAUUUCAACUAUAGAAGUUAUAUACAAAUCACAAAAAUGUAAAUUAAUAGAACAACCAUUAUUACACGAUUUUAUGUUAUCGUGUAUUAAAUUAAAUAAAGAUGACAAUGUGGACAUUUCAGAGAAUGUAAAAUUAAUAAAUCAAUUAUUCGAUUUUAUCAUUAAAUCUCCAUAUAUCUUUUUGUUAGUGUGUGGUUUUUUAAAAGAAUUAUUAGUGCAAUUAGAUUAUGCUCCUUCGAUCAUGAAUUUUAUACAAUCAAUUUUAAAACGCAUUAAGGAAUAUUGUAAGAGUCAAGAUAAAGAUAUUUUAGAUCUUUACCCAAGGAAUUUACAGUCUCUUAUAAUCUUAUUGCAAAUAGAAUCUAUACAUCACACGGAUGAAUCUAAAAAUGCAACUUUAAAAAUGCUAGAAAAUAUUUAUAUUGAAAAUGAAGAUAUUGUAAUAAUGCUAUUAUCACAUUAUCCUCAAUGGCUAAAAUUAUUUGGACAAUUUUUAAAUUCAGAUAUUAAAUAAUAUACGUAUGUUCUUUAAAAUUAAAAAUGCUGAUGUUUAAAGUAUUAACAAUACAAUAUAUUCUAUUCUCUUGGAGUUUUGAAUGUAAAAUUUAUGAUAAAUGAUAAGAAAAUGUAUUUAUGUUUUAUGAUAUAAAUAAAAAAAAAUUAAGAUUUGAAAAUUAUAGUAUCAAAAGAAAGUACCUUUAUUAAAUUUCUGUUUCUGCAUAAUAUAAAUUUAAUAGUUUUGAACAAAAUGUAAUAAUUAACUUAAGUAGUUAUUCGCAUACAAUAAAUAGUUUUUAUUUUGCAUUUCUUUGUUAAUUGCAAUAUGCGAAUCUCAGGUCGUACCCAACCAUUAAAAACCAGACGUUUUUAUUACAAAACUUAUCGUUACUGUCUCAAAAACAAGCAAAAUAUUUAACGAUACCGAUCCAUCUUUUAACAAUGAGAAAAAAAGAACAGAAACUCGGAUCAAGUUAUUCAAUACUUCUUUUCUCUGCUUAACAACACUUACAUAGGGUUCCUUUGUUUUCAAGUUAUAGAAAGAAUGGUGCAACGUACGAUGAAUUAAAAUUACAAAUAAUGAUUAUCGUUUUUCGAAUAUUUUUUAACAAAUAUAUAAAUACUUUUUCUUGUAUUCCUUGUACUUUCACAAUUUUUUAACAUGGUUCACAAAAUAAAAAAUCACAAAAUAACUUAACAACAUAAUAUUAUCAACUUAAAAUAAUUUAACUAACUAAAUUUCUAAAUUUAAAAUGAAUAUAAUUAAUUUUUAAUAUUUUAUGUCAAGAAUAUGACGCUAUAAAUUCGAAAUUCAAUUCGUUUAUAUAUAAUAAAUUCAUUAUAUAUAAUCAAUUCGUUCAUAUAUAUAUUAAAUUCACCAUGAUUUACCGUGAUUUUUUUUUUUAUAAUUUUUUAUAAUAAACAUUUGAUAAAAUUUAUAUACGGAUGAUAAAAAUAAAAAAAAAAUUUAUCAUGAAAAUGCCAUUGAAAUGAUAAAAGUCUUUGAAUAUGUAUGUAUGCACCAUUCACUUUGUUAACUCGAAACCCGUGUUCGUUUGAAGUUAAUCUAAACGCUUCGAUAAUCAACAAGCGAACUAUUCCCGUAAGAUUUGAAUGAAUCUGUGUUUAUAGGGAAACGAAAUUACGCGUGAAACACGAUACACGAUACGGAACACAAAAUAAUAAAUUAAACGAUACACUCCACAGCUGUGCGUUCUGAAUUGGAUCGCGCCACCUCUUAUCGGUUUCUUUCGCGCCCUUCGCUCGCGCAUACGCACUGAAAAUGCGCAUGCGCGUUUAUGCAGAACGUCAUCGCAAAUUUAAACUUGAACAGUUUCUAAGCGCGGUACUCCUUGAAUCUCCUGUGAUGCUGUAGAACCGCUAGAAACAUUCUCUUCGGACAUCGUACUUUUGCUCGUGCUUGAUGUAGUUAUAGCAGAACCAGAAGAUAGUGGGAUAUCGGUAGUUGUUGGGACUUGAGAGGCAGGAGCGGACAUGGAUUUUUCAGGAUUGAUGGUGGACGGUUCUGCUUGGCGUGGCAAGGAUUUGCGUCGUUUCAAAGACUCGCGUUGCCGUUGAUCGGCCUGCCGCUUUUCCGUUUUGGUCUUUACACCAGCAGGUUUCUGUGUUACCUGUCGAAGCCAAUAUAUCAAUGCAGCAGCUUCUGAUGCAUGAAUGAAUAAUAUAUACCUUAAAAGGGUUGUUUAUAAAAAAAAUCGACGAAAGAGUGCCGGGAAGAAGGUAAACUAUACUUAAAUAAAAUCUUUAUGGCUGGACUGUUUACAUUUAAAUCGAAAAUAAUUUUUUAUGAUUCGCGUUAUUUCUUCCGGGAACUCUCUAUUCAUUUUAUUAUAGGGUGAUUCACAUUGUCUAGACUAAUAACAGUUGCAAAGUGAAAAAAGCCAAAUACUAAAAAAAAAUGUUCAUUAAUAAUAAAUAUUAUAUACACUUUAAGUAUUUUACAUUUUAAAAAUAAAAAUUCAUAAUAGAUUAAAUUUUGUUUUAACUUUAUAUUAGUUUUCAUUUUGAAAAUAGCUAUAAUUUGUCUUCAAUGUAUGAAUCACCUUGUACAUAAAUAACAUGAUUAAAAAUAGACACUCAUCAAAAAAUUUUAACUAAUAGUAUUUUUUUGAUUUAGUUAUCAUUAUGUUCGAUUUCGAAUUUCUUUUUUCAAACUAAUACGAUUAAAAUUACUUUAAGACCAAUAUUUGGUCUUUUACAUGAUUUUAUGCAUAUAUGUACUUUUUUUAUGAUACAUGUCAAAGAUAUAAAGUUUUUUUUUUAAUAUUUCAGAUAUUUAGAGACAAUCUCUGAAUAUUAAUAAAAUAAUUUUUUUUUUUAAAUAUCGAAGAUAAAAGUCGAAAAUUUGUUCUCUUUUAUUGCACUUUUGAUGAAAAAAGAUAAAUAAAUAAAUAAAUAAAAAAUAAAAAUGAACUACGGCUUAUUCUUGUGUCUACAAUAAAUAUAAAUGUUCUUUUUUCCAAAUUUUUCAACGAGGAAUUCAUUUAAAAAUGUCAUGUUACUUAGGAAUUUAAAAUUAUCAUUUUCCUAAUCAUUUUUCAUAGAUAAAUUUAUACGAUAUAUAUUUAGUUUCAAAGUAUAAUUAACAAAUUUAUUUAAAAUUUAAUGAAACUAUCUAAUAAUAUCAUUGCAUAUAAUGCAUUUUCUUCUCAAAAAUAGAAAGCACAAAGCAAUUUAUAAAUAUAAAAUAUCCUCGUUGAAAGGAACGUGCGUAAUAAGAAUGUGUUUCGAUACACGAUUUACGUGUAUAUUUUCGUACUCGUUAUAUCGACGGAAAAAGGAGAUGCGGAGGUAGGGGUUUGGUUUUGGAUUAUAUGAAUCGUUUCACUUUUUUUCGUCCGGGUAAAAGUAUAGACAGUAGAAAUGUUAUAAAAUGAAAUGCUCUGUUACCUUGUAAAACGUGUUACAUUUAACAUCGAGGCGAUGAAUCUUUUUUUUUCGUUUUUUGUUUAAUGUUUUCAAAUGUAUUGUGAGCCGUAGUAGCACUGUUUCUAUUAUUAUUUUUUUUUUUCGUUACUUUUUUUUUGUUUUUUCAGUUCCUUCGUUUUUGUCUUGUUUCGUCGAACACACAAGUCAAAUAGACGGACAGCUGUUAUGCUUAAAUGAAUGUUGAUUUUUCUUAUCGUUAAUAUUUUUUUAGCAUUUUUCUUUCUCUCUCUCUUUUCACUCUCCCUUUCUCUCUCUCCCUCUCUUUCUUCUUUUAUCUAUCCCCAAUAUUUUUGUUAUUUUUAUUUCUUUUUUUAGAUUUUCUCGUUCUUUUCAAUCAUACAACUAAUUCCAACAAAUAUACACGUACACGACCAUACACGCGUAUCAUAAGUAUUUAACGUGUACAUGUGUACGUUAGUGGUUCAUUUUCAUUUUUUUUUUAUUUUUUUUUUAUUUUUUUUUUUAUGUAGUUAAACACACUUUUCUGCAACUUUUCUGUUUUAUGUUUAUACGGACAAAAGAUCGCUUUUUCGUGAUUUACAAUAUGGCCGAUCAGUAAUCACAGUGUCGCCAUCGCGUGUGAAUCUUUCGUACCAUAAAAAAUCAUGUACUAAGUCGAUCUUUCACCCCUCCCCUUGAAUUUAUAUUCCAUCACUCUCCUUUUUCUUUUCUUUUCUUUUCUUUUCUUUUCUUUUUUUUUUUUUUUUUUUUUUUUUUUUAAUAGUUAAUAUAUUAAAAUAUUACAAACUAUGGCGAAAAAAUGUUGAUUCAAAGAAAUAAUUAGUAUGAAUCAUAUGUCCACGGUAGAUCAUCAUCGUGCUUGUAACAUUUUGAAAAUUUGACUCGAUUAGUUUUUUCUUUUUAUAUAACAAUUAAUAUUAUGCUGAUAUCGAUGCUUGAAAUAAAUAAUGUUUAAGAGUUGCGUUUUUAGUGUCACAUUUUUUGUAACAUUUCACCGAUGUUGGGGACGAUGCACCUUCAAGAUAUGGGUGCAAAUCAACAUUUAUUAUAUGUUUUUUUACGAGAAAUUUAGAUUAGUAUAAAUAAUUUUUAAAGCUUAUAUUAUAUCGAAUAGAAAGAUUCAAAUUUCUGAAACGUACAUUUUUAUCAUAGCAUCAUAAGAAUUUUAUAAAUAAUAAGUUAUAUAAAAAAGAGAUAGUUAUUAUAAAAGAAUCAAAAAGAAAAAAUUUUUCACUGAUUUUUACUUAAUCGUUAAAAAGAAAUUGCGUUUUGCUUCGUUAUCUAUUAAUUUGUUGCAUUCUUCGAUUUUUUUGAAUGCAAAGUGUUAAAGUGCUAUUGGACAUUAUAUAAGGCGAAAUGUAUGAAACUUAGAAAUACGUCUACUAUUAUUUCUUAUAACUAUUUACAAAAUUCAUUAAUCAAAAUUUAUGAAAGAAACAAUACAAUACAAAGUGAUGAAAAAGGCACAAUAUUUGCACUUGUUAUUAAAUUUUUUAAUUAUGUUCAAUGAAAAAUGCAAUGCACUUAUUGCCAAAAAUAUUGUAACCCUUUAUGGACGAAGGCCGUGAUAUUUCAGGCAGUGAUUAUCAUUAUCAUGUCUUUAAAUAUUUCGUGCACGACUUUCCUCGAACAAAAUAUAUAUAUUAUAUAUGUAUUUAUAUAUUUUUUUUUAAAAGCACGCUAACGAUUUAUUAACCCUUUGCAUUGUCAAACUUUUUUACACGUCAGUCGACCAGCAACUUUACAAAAAUUUUCCAACUAAAAAUAAUACAACAUUUAAAUGAUUUAUUUAAUAAUGAAGAGACGAUUUUCUAAAAUUACUGUAUUCCUUUAAAAUAUAUAUACCAUUCAUACAUAUAUUCAUUUCAUUAUUUGAAGAAUACAAGAUUAAAUCUUAAUUUAAUUGCCAUUUAAUCUUAGACUAUUUAAGAAAUGACAUUAUGCAAAGGAUUAACAGAACAGAUUUUUAGCAUUUAUACAAUUAGUCGCAAUAGAAUAAAACAUUCCAAUUUUAUAUUUUAAUUUUAUAUUCGAAAACUAUUUUUGCUUGUAAAAAGAUUUUAAUUGUCCAGUUGCAUCCUGCUUCAUUAAAUGCAAUUUUCUUAAAAAUGCGUUCUACAUAUUUUACAAUUACAAAUUAAGAAAAUUUUGUAUCAUUUUUUUAUCCUGUAAUUGGUAAAAAUUGGUCUCAAAUUUGGCUUCGAGGGUGCAUCAUCCCCGCAAUCAGUAUUUGUGUUUAUUCUUUUUUUUUUUCUUUUUGUUUUUUCCUUUCCAUUUUUGUAAAGAGAUAGCUCGCUUCUUCAAUUAUCUCGAAUAUACACGCACAUGAACACAUACACGCACGCAUGCAUACACGCUAUAAGAACGCGUUAUAAGAGGAAGAAAAGAAAACGCCACGCUUAAAAGAUAACUUUUCCCUUUUGUUUCUUUUUUCUUUUCUUUUAAGUGAAAAAAGAAGGACGAGGAAAAACCAAAAGGAAGGAUAAAUUGUCGAAUCAUAACUAUUUAAGGAAAAAAUGCCUAAAAUCGUCAAUUGAAGUUUCGAGUUGGGAUCAUUUUUCGGUUUUCCGACUCGAUUCUCCAUUUCUUUCACUCUUUCUUUCUCUUUUUUUCUUAUUUUGCCAUUUCUCUCGCAUAGCGUUUGCUUUGCGCGUAUCUUCUAUACACCAACUACGCCAAACCUGAGUGGGCCAAUUGAUAAAAGAAUAAAAAAAGAAGAAAAAAAACAAAAAAAGAAAAAAACAAAAAAAAACGAGAAGAAAGUGGAAAAAUAGAAAAGAAAAAAUCUUGUGUACAAAAAUAUGAAUUUCAGAAAAAAGUGAAAUGAAAUUGGAAAAAGCUAACGAUGAUCGACGAUACAUUUAAAAUAUGUAAAAAUAAAACUAAUUUAAAAAAAAAAGAAGAAAAAGAAAAACACAGGGGAGGGGAGUAAAAAAUGAAAAAAUCAGCCCGCUCGAGGCUGGUCUUGGUUGAUUAAUAAUCAGGAUACACAAACUGAUAACGUUGUUUCUUUUUCUCUGAUAAUAAUAGUACUAAUAGUAAUAAUAGCAAUAAUAAUAAUAAUAAUAAUAAUAAUAAUAAUAAUAAUAAUAAUAAUAAUAAUAACAAUAAUAAUAAUAAUAAUAAUAAUAAUAAUCAUCAUCAUCAUCAUCAUCAUCAUCAUCAUCAUCAUCAUCAUCAUCAUCAUCAUCAUCAUCAUCAUCAUCAUCAUCAUCAUCAUCAUCAUCAUCAUCAUAAUCAUAAUCAUAAUCAUAAUCAUAAUCAUAAUAAUAAUAAGGAGAAUAAUCAUAAUAAUAAGUAUAAUGACAAUAUAAUUGUAAUAAUUAUGGUAAUAAGAAUAAUCGCAGCGAGCGCAGGGUUUUCAUACCGUAGUGUUUUUGGAUUUCCUGUCGCAAGCCGCGAGAAUAAAGUAGUUUUAUAAUGCGAGAAAAACGUCAGUACGAUAAAUGUUAAGGGAAUUAAAUGAUUAUGGAAGGGGAUGGAUUAAAUUAUCUAAAAUGCUUUAGUCAUUAGAUGAGAAUCACACUAGCAAACAUGUGUAGUGUAAUUAAUAAAAUACACACAUGCAUACACUUUCUCUCUUUCUCUCCUAAGGGGAGAUUGAUUAUCGUAUAUUUAAUUAUUAACAGGACAUUAUCAUUGAUUCUCUACGCGUUAUAACAGCUUGCGAAACACGGUUCUGGUAUGGAAACCCUACGUGAUAAUAGCAGUGAUAAUGAUAACAGUAGUAGUCAAAAGCCCCAUCAAAUAUAAACGUAAGUGUGGAUUUUCGGCUACCUUUUUUAUUUUAUUUUUCUCUUUUAUUCCUUCUCGCUCUCGCUUUUGUUCUCUCUCUCUCUCUCUCUCUCUCUCUCUCUCUCUCUCUCUCUCUCUCUCUCUCAUACACACAUUUUCUCUAUCUCUUUUUCGCACUUUCUUUCAUAUCAACAUUUAGUAAAAAGGUUCGCCGAUUACCAACCGCACAACGUUUUUUUUAUUUUUUUUUUUUUUUCAUGUAAAACAGCAAACGAAACACCAAGCUAUUCUCUAACAAUCACCUUUUCCGCUAUUAUGAAAAAAGAACAUUCGAUAGACAACUAAUGAUCAAUUAUAAACUGUUGUUAAUCCGUGUGUGGCGAUAGUAGAUUUUUUUUUUUUGCUUUAUUUCAAUAGAGUACUUCUCUCACUAGACACGAUUCAACAUAUAGAAAGUUUAUCGUUAUUAUUUAAUAAUAAUUAUUAUUUUAUCAUUUAUAAUUAUUAUCUUAAAGCUGUCUAAGGACUCGCUGCGUGGCAGGAGUAUCGUGUUUUUUUCAUUCUUCAUCUUUUUUUUUUCUUCUUUAUUUGUUUAUAUUACUUUGUUUAUUCAUUUAUUUCUUUAUUUCUUUAAUGUGUCAGACGAUUUCUUUUUUGUGUUAUUUUUUUUUUCUCUUUUAAUUUAUAUUUUCUCUCUUUUUCUGACUCUGUUUCUUUGUUUUUUCUUUUCCCUUUUUUUUUUUUUUUUUUUUUUUUUUUAUUACUUAGGUACGUUGUAGUAGUCCUCAUUUCAAUAACAUGUUAUUAUUUUAUGUUUUAAUGUUUUUAAUAUAUGUGUGUUAUACACGUGAUCACGUACAUCAAUUAGACAGUGUGUCUAGAUCACCGUAAGUGUACGUGUAUGUAUAUUUUAUUUUAAAUAUCUACUACUUGUUGAUGCUUUGUAAUUUGUUAAUUUUUUUAUAGAUCACAAUAUGUCAUACCAUCUGCGCCAGUUGAUCAAUUUUCCUCUAUGCCUUUUCUUUGCCGUUUCUAUCAGAACGUUCAGUUUGGACAAUUAUUAUAUUAUUCCUUGUGCACAGAUUGCGGGUUCACCGACCCCCUUAAACUCAAUGAAAAGUUUGACAAAGUAUGAUAAAAAGAAGGUAAAAGAAAAUAUAGAUGAUAAAAAAAAAAGAAAGAAUACAACAAACAGAUAAAUAUAUUAUUUCAUUCGAGAAAUACCUUUUUUUUUUUUGUUAAACAUUACCAAUCAUUUGUUCAACAUUUUUUUAAUAAUUGUUCGAUUGUUAAAAAAACAAGGUAGAUAAAAAAUUAGAACAAUAAUAAUAUCACAAGAUAAUAUUUACGACGAAGAGAAUCGCGCGUGAAUCUAGUUCAAACUUUUAAUUCUUAAAUUGAAGAGGAUCGGGAUAUACAAUAUAUCUUUCUCAUUGAUUCACCCACUCGUGCGUAUUCGAAUUUAUUAUUGUGAUUUAUAUUUCAUAUUUAUAUCAUCAAAACCUACGUGCUAAGUAAAUUCAGACCAGCCGAAAUUGUCGAUUUCGAAGGAAAUGCAAUCAAAGAAAUAUCUUAUCGAAAUAGAUAAUAGGUUCAUUGCUAAAAAAUAAAUAAAAUUUUACUCAUCUCUUCAAACGUAAACGCGCCGAUAACGCACGAAUCGGAACGCGUCCAUCAUUAAUUAAAUAGCACUUUAUGCGUUUAUGCAUCUAUGCCGCUCCGCUGCUCUCAAACUCUUUUUUUCUUAUUCCGCACCAGUGCGAAAUAUAUUUAGAUUAUUAUUUCGAUUAAUCGAUUAUCGUUUCGAUCACGAAGAAACGCAAGAGAACGGAUAGAUAUUAUUCAUCUUCAUAUUAUUAUUAUUAUUUUUUUAAAUCUUUCUUUCUUUCAUUAUCAUUGUUGAUAUUAGCACAGCGUUGCAGAAUCAAAGCGUAUUAAGAUUUUCCUUUUCCAUUGAGAGAAAUAACUCGACUGUGGUUAAUUCUCCUUCCAACUCGGUCGUUCGUCUUUAAAUAUUAUCAUUUGCCUUCUCUUUUCCAUAUCAUAUAUAUUCUCAUUCAUUUCAGUAUCAUAUAUAUAUUUUUUCUCCAUUUUUUCUUUUUAAUCCUCACUUUCUUUCCUGUUCUUGUCACAUGUUUCUUUUUUUUUUCCUUUUCCUGUGUCCAGGGAACUGGACCUAAGCGACUGCAAGCCCGCAACACCUUCAAUUCGAUUGAUCGCGCGUUGUCAGGUGAUACAGUUGCCUGGGUCCAUGGACAUUGGCAUUUCGUUACAAUUAUAUAGUUAUAUAGAUUCUAUAUAAAUACCUAAUAUGCAUUCAUAUAAUACAUACCUAAUAUGCAAUUGUGUUAGAACUCGACCGUCACUCAAACGUAACGUAAUUACGUACGCGUGCACACCGUCUCUUGUACCGUUCGUCUUUCAUAAUGGAAUAUUUUUAUGUGUGAAUGUAAAAUGUGUGUGUGUGUGUGUGUGUGUGUGUGUGUGUGUGUGUG